UGUCAUGUAUGUUUCCUCCUGCCGGUGUUGGCACAUGUAGAAGGCGAGGAAAUGAGAGGAUGUAUUCGUGGGCGUCAGGGGAGCGCAGCGUUUGAUUGCAGCAAAUAAGUCAGCCAAGCGGACAAAUGGCGACUGGCGGCUUCUAACGAGGGCUCGCAGCGUGCCGCCAGACUCAAACACGGCGCUGCAAAUUGCUUCGCUCCAAGCGGAUUUGAACCGGCUUUUAUUUUCCCAGGCGCUGAAGCGUGGAUGAAAGUGACGCUGGUUGAAAGCAAGAAGGUGGGGUCACGACCCCGCUGGCGGCCAUCUUGGUUCCUCACAGAGAUCUUGCUCACAACAAGAAGUUUUGUUUUUUUCUGCCUUUUUUGUCGUCUGGCCGCCUCCCCCUGGCAUUUCAUCAUGGCCGCCUUACGCAAGACGCUGAAAGGUAAUUAAGCCCCAGUGGUUUAGUCGUCUUUUAACGACACGCUAACGACCACGCAGACUUCUGAACGGCCUUGCUUCCUCUUCCAUGACAAGUUCUUCAUGAUGACAGCAUUCACACCCUGGACUCUGCUAGGCUCUGAGACGUGUGAGUCAUGGAGGUGAAGGAGCGCCGACCUUACCGCUCGCUGACGGCGAGGCAGGACGCCGAGCGCCGCUACACCAGCUCCUCGGCCGACAGCGAGGACGGCAGAGCCAACUCUAAGUCCUACAGUUCCACCGAGACCCUGAAGGCCUUCGACCACGACUCCAGGGUCAACUACGGCAGCCGGGUCAAGGACCUGGUGCACCACGAGGCAGACGAGUACGGUCGGCAAGGUGGCGACUUCUCCUUCCGAGACAUGGGUGUGGGCGAGGCCCUCCCUCACCACGUGAGCUAUAGGGGCGAGCUCGGCAUGCCGCACCGUGACUACUCUAUCAGCGCGGGCUCCGACACGGAGACGGACGGCGUCAUGUCGCCCGAACACGCCGUCAGGCUGUGGGGGCGGAGCAACACCAAGUCGGGUCGCAGCUCGUGUCUCUCUAGUCGGGCCAACUCCAACCUGACCCUGACCGACACCGAGCACGAGAACACGGAGAACGGUCCACCGCCGCUCUGUUCCUCCUCCUCCUCCUCCCCCGUGGAGCAGCCCCCCUUCCCUCCCCCUCGCAUUGCUGCCAAUCAGAGCCCUGGGGGGUUGCUAGGUAACAGUGACUCUGAGGAUGAGUUCGGUUCAUUCUUAGUUAAAGCUGGCUCAGGGAACACGUACGUCGCUGACGACGUCUUCCACAACCACCCCCGGCUGAGGACGCCCCCCCUGUCCCACUCCCACUCCCACUCUCCCAACCACCAGCACCACGCCUCCUCCAUCAACUCCCUCAACCCAGGGAACUACACGCCCAGGAGCAACACAAGCCCCGCCCCCACUGACGGCUCCGCCCCGCCCGAGGGUCCGGCCUGCGCCCAGGACUCUGCGGGUGGCGCCCCCGACACCUGGCUGCUCAACAGCAACAUCCCGCUGGAGACCAGGAGCCAGAAUACUCUCAUGUUUAUUCGAGAAGAGCAAGAUCCAUGCAGAGAAGGGCAGGGCUCGUACACAACCAGAAACAUAGCACAGCAGGCAUUCCUCGAGACUUUGCAGGACAACCUCAUUGAGAUGGACACCCUGGCGUCUGCUCGCCGCCAGGCCGCCUACGACGACGGGCACUUCCUGUUCAAGCCGGGCGGGACCUCCCCCAUGUACUGCACCACGUCGCCCGGGUACCCGCUGACCUCCAGCACGGUGUACUCACCCCCGCCGCGACCUUUGCCCCGCGCCGCCUUCUCCCGGCCCGCCUUCAGCCUGAAGAAGCCUUCCAAGCACUGCAACUGGAAAUGUGCCGCCCUGGGCGCCAUCCUCGUCUCCAUCACGCUGCUCUGCCUGCUGGCCUACUUCAUCGCCAUGCACCUUUUGGGCCUAAACUGGCACCUGAAGCCCACGCACAGACAGAUGUACCACGUGACGGAGGACAACACAAGCGGCCUGACGCUACCUACCGACCUGAGCCUGGGGCCGCUGGGCAACACGGGCGUGGACGCGCCGGGUCGCGGGCGCAAAGAUGACACAGGCAGGUCGGACGGCAUGUUCCCUGACGACAGCUACAUCGACAUGGGCGAGAUCGACGUGGGACGCAAAGUGGCCCAGCAGAUCCCGCCUGCCGUCUUCUGGAGGUCUCAGGUCUUCGUGGAUCACCCCAUGUACCUGAAGUUCAACGUGUCCCUCAGCAAAGACGCCUUAGUUGGGGUCUACGGCAGGAGGGGCCUGCCCCCGUCUCACACGCAGUUUGAUUUUGUGGAGCUGCUGGAUGGCCGACGUCUCCUAGCCCACCACCCCCCCGGCCUGGAGGGGCCCGCCGCCCUGCAGAGGAGCCUGGCCCCUGUCAGCACACACGACACUGGCUUCAUCCAGUACAUGGAGUCUGGCAUCUGGCACCUGGCAGUCUACAACGACGGCAAGGACACCGAGACUGUCUCUUUCCUCACCACCGCCAGCGAUUCGGUGGAUUCAUGUCCAAGCAGCUGUUUUGGGAACGGUGAUUGUGUUUCUGGAACUUGUCACUGCUUCCUGGGGUUUAAAGGUCCAGACUGUGGGCGUGCCGCCUGCCCGGUGCUGUGCAGUGGUAACGGUCAGUACCUGAAGGGUGGCUGCAUGUGUCACAGCGGCUGGAAGGGCUCCGAGUGCCACGUGCCCACCAGCCAGUGUGUGGACGAGAGCUGCAGCGGGCGCGGCGCUUGCAUCGUGGGCACCUGCAUCUGCAACCCCGGCUACAAGGGCGACAACUGUGAGGAAGUGGACUGCCUGGACCCCACCUGCUCGGGCCGAGGCGUGUGCGUCCAGGGCGAGUGUCACUGCUUUGUGGGCUGGGGAGGCUCUGGCUGCGAGAGUCCCAGGGCCUCCUGCACCGACCAGUGCUCCGGACACGGCACCUUCCUGGCCGACGCCAGCACCUGCAGCUGUGACGCCAACUGGACCGGACGCGACUGCUCCGCAGAGAUCUGCACAGCCGACUGCGGCGGCCAUGGCGUGUGCGUGUCGGGCACCUGUCGCUGUGACGAGGGCUGGACGGGCGGCGGAUGCGAGCAGAGGGCGUGUCACCCCCGCUGCAGCGAGCACGGCACCUGCAGGGAGGGCAAGUGCGAGUGCAGCCCGGGGUGGAACGGGGAGCACUGCAGCAUCGCCCACUAUCUGGAUAGAGUAGUGAAAGAGGGCUGUCCCGGCCUGUGUAACGGUAACGGCAGGUGCACUCUGGGUAAUGGCGGCUGGUCCUGCGUGUGCCAGCUGGGCUGGAGGGGCGGCGGCUGCGACACGUCCAUGGAAACGGCCUGUGGCGACGUCAAGGACAACGACGGAGACGGCCUGGUGGACUGCAUGGACCCUGACUGCUGCGUCCAGGCCAGCUGUCUCAGCACCGCCCUGUGUGUGGGCUCCCCGGAUCCCCUGGACAUCAUCAAGGAGACGCAGGUGUCUUCGGGCCAGGGCAACCUGGGAACUUUCUACGAGCGCGUUCGAUUCCUGGUGGGCAGAGAGAGCACACACGUGGUGCACGGCGCCAACCCCUUCGACGGAAAGCACGCGUGCGUCAUCCGAGGACAAGUGGUGACCUCGGACGGGACGCCGUUGGUGGGCGUCAACAUCAGCUUCAUCAACAAGCCGGCGUUGGGCUACACCGUCAGCAGGCAGGACGGAAGCUUCGACCUCCUGACCAAUGGGGGCAUCGCGGUGGCCUUGCACUUUGAGCGCGCUCCCUUCAUCGCCCAAGAGCACACUCUCUGGUUGCCGUGGGGACGCUUCUUCGUCAUGGAUACCAUCGUCAUGCGCCACGAGGAGAACGACAUCCCCAGCUGCGACCUCAGUGGCUUCGCCCGGCCCAGCCCGGUGGUCACGCCGGCGCCGCUCACCGCCUUCGCCGGAUCCUGCGGCGAGAGGGGCACGGUGGUUCCUGAGAUCCAGACUCUGCAGGAGGAAGUGAGGAUCCCAGGUACAGACAUGAGACUAGUGUACCUGAGCAGCAGGACGUCAGGCUACAAGUCCAUGCUGAAGGUGGCGCUCACACACUCCACCAUCCCCUUCAACCUGAUGAAGGUGCACCUGAUGGUGGCCGUGGAGGGUCGCCUCUUCAGGAAGUUCUUUCCCGCCGCCCCCAACCUCUCCUACGACUUUGUGUGGGACAAAACUGACGUGUACGGCCAGAAGGUCUACGGCUUGUCCCAGGCCUUUGUGUCAGUGGGUCUAGAGUACGAGUCGUGUGCAGACGUGGUCGUUUGGGAGAAAAGGACGGCAAUUCUUCAAGGCUAUGAGAGCACAGCAUCCAAUCUGGGAGGAUGGACCUUGGACUACCAUCACGCUCUCAACCUACAGAGUGGUAUCCUCCACAUGGGCAACGGGGAGAACAUCUUCAUCUCCCAGCAGCCGCCCGUCAUGGGCAGCGUGAUGGGAAACGGGCGGCGCCGCAGCAUCUCCUGCCCCAGCUGUAACGGCAUGGCGGACGGCAACAAGCUGCUGGCGCCCGUGGCGUUGGCGUGCGGCUGGGACGGCAGCCUGUACGUGGGCGACUUCAACUACGUGCGGAGGAUCUACACCACCGGGAACGUCACCAGCGUGCUGGAGCUCAGAAAUAAAGACUUCAGUCGCAGCAGUAGCCCCGCCCACAAGUACUACCUGGCCAGCAGCCCCGUCAGCGGUGCGGUGUACUUGUCUGACACCAGCAGCCGGAAAGUCUUCAGGGUCAAGUCUCUGGCCGCUAUCAAGGACCCGGCCAAGAACCUGGAACUGGUGGCCGGCACUGGUGACCAAUGUCUGCCGUAUGAUGACGCCCGCUGUGGUGAUGGCGGCAAGGCGGUGGACGCCACGCUCACCAACCCCAGAGGCAUGGCGGUGGACAAGUACGGCGUGGUCUUCUUGGUGGAUGGCACUAUGAUCCGCAGGAUCGACCAGAACGGGAUCAUCUCCACCCUGCUGGGCUUCAACGACCUGACCUCCGCACGACCUCUCAGCUGUGACGCCGUCAUGGACAUCUCUCAGGUGCGCCUGGAGUGGCCCACAGACCUGGCGGUGAGUCCCUUGGACAAUUCCUUGUACGUCCUGGACAACAACGUGGUCCUCCAGAUAUCCGAGAACCACCAAGUGCGCAUCGUGGCGGGCAGGCCCAUGCAUUGCCAAGUGCCCGGCAUGGACCAUUUCCUCAUGAGCAAGGUGGCCAUCCACGCCACCCUGGAGUCGGCCAACACGCUGGCCGUGUCUCACACCGGCGUCCUGUACAUCGCCGAAUCGGACGAGAAGAAGAUUAACCGUGUCCGGCGGGUGUCCACCGACGGUGAGAUCUCCCUGGUGGCGGGGGCUCCCAGCGGCUGCGACUGCAAGAACGACGCCAACUGCGACUGCUACUCGGGCGACGAGGGCUACGCCAUGGAUGCCAAGCUGAACGCGCCCUCAUCCUUGGCGGUCUGUCCGGACGGAGAGCUCUACAUCGCAGACCUGGGCAACAUCCGCAUCCGCUACGUGCGCGAGAACAAGCCCUACCUGAGUCCCCUCAACAUGUACGAGGUGUCCUCCCCCAUCCAGGACCAACUCUACCUCUUCGAUGCCAACGGCAGCCACAUCUUCACCCAGAGUCUGACCACCGGGGACCACCUGUUCAACCUCACCUACACGGGUCAGGGCCAGCUGAGCAGCAUCACGGACAAGAACAAGAACGUGGUGACCAUCCGCCGCGACACCACGGGGAUGCCUCUGUGGCUCAUGGUGCCCGACGGACAGACCUUCUGGUUCACCAUGGGCGCCAACCACGCGCUCAAAAGUGUGGCGGCGCAGGGCCAAGAACUCGCCAUCAUGACCUACCACGGAAGUUCCGGGCUGCUGGCCACCAAAACCAAUGAGAACGGUUGGACCACCUUCUUUGAGUAUGACAGUUUCGGCCGCCUGACCAACAUCACCCACCCUACGGGCCGCGUCAGCAGCUACCGAGCUGACGCCCACGGCGCCGUCCACAUCCAGACGGUGGGUGCCGCCAAGGAGGACGUCACGGUCACCGCCAACAUGUCCGCCUCGGGCACCUUCUACACGCUCAUGCAGGAGCAAGUGCGGAACAGCUACUUCCUGGGCCUGGAUGGCUCCCUGAGGCUGGCCCUGGCCAACGGCAUGGAGGUGUCUCUGCACACGGAGCCCCACCUGCUGGCCGGCACCGUGCACCCUGCUGUGAGCCGGAGGAACAUCACCCUGGCCCUGGACAACGGACUCAACCUGGUGGAGUGGCGCCAGAGGAAGGAGCAAGCACGCGGCCUCGUCACCGUCUACGGCCGCAGGCUGAGGGUGCACAACCGGAACUUGUUGUCCCUGGACUUUGAUCGGAUCACCAGAACGGAGAAGGUCUACGACGACCACAGGAAGUUCACGCUGAGAAUCCACUACGACCUCGCCGGGCGGCCCACCCUCUGGGCGCCCAGCAACCGCCUGAAUGGGGUCAACGUGACCUACUCGUCAGGAGGGCAGGUAGCGGGCAUCCAGAGGGGCACCAUGUCAGUGCGCAUGGACUACGACCACACCGGCAGGAUCACCUCCAAGAUCUUUGCUGAUGGGAAGUCGUGGAGCUACACCUACCUGGAGAAGUCCAUGGUGCUGCUGCUCCACAGCCAGAGACAGUACAUCUUCGAGUUCGACAGGAACGACCGCCUCACGUCCGUGACCAUGCCCAACGUCGCCCGCCAGACCCUGGAGACCUCGCUCUCGGUGGGCUACUACCGCAACACCUACCGCCCCCCCGAGGGCAACGCCUCGGUGCUGCAGGACUACAGCGAGGAGGGCCGGCUGCUGCAGACCACCUACCUGGGCACGGGCCGACGGGUGGUCUACAAGUACGGCAAGCUCUCCAAGCUGCUGGAGAUCCUCCACGACACCACCCGCGUGGCGUUCUCCUACGACGAGGCGGCGGGUAUGCUGAAGACGGUCAACCUGCAGAGCGAGGGCUUCGCCUGCACCAUCCGCUACCGGCAGAUCGGCCCGCUCAUCGACCGGCAGAUCUUCCGCUUCGGCGAGGAGGGGGCGGUGAACGCCAGGUUCGACUAUGUCUACGACAACAGCUUCCGCGUCACCAGCAUGCAGGCCGUCAUCAACGAGACGCCGCUGCCCAUCGACCUGUACCGCUAUGACGACGUGUCGGGCAAAGCCGAGCAGUUCGGCAAAUUCGGCGUGAUCUACUACGACAUCAACCAGAUCAUCACCACGGCGGUCAUGACGCACACCAAACACUUCGACGCCUACGGGCGCAUCAAGGAGGUGCAGUACGAGAUCUUCCGCUCACUCAUGUACUGGAUGAUGGUGCAGUACGACAACAUGGGCCGCGUGGUGGCCAAGGAGCUGAAGGUGGGACCCUACGCCAACACCACGCGCUACACCUACGAGUACGACUCGGACGGCCAGCUCCAGGUGGUGUCCAUCAAUGACAAGCCUCUGUGGCGCUACAGCUACGACCUCAACGGCAACCUGCACCUGCUGAGCCCGGGGAACAGCGCCCGCUUGACGCCGCUGCGCUACGACAUCCGGGACCGCAUCACCCGGCUGGGGGACCUGCAGUACCGCAUGGACGAGGACGGCUUCCUCAGGCAGCGGGGCAACGACUACUUCGACUACAACUCGGCCGGCCUGUUGGUCAAAGUGUACAACAAGGUGAGCGCUUGGAGCGUCCGCUACCGCUACGACGGUCUGGGCAGGAGGGUGUCCAGCCGGAGCAGCCCGGGACACCACCUGCAGUUCUUCUACGCCGACCUGUCCAGCCCCACCCGGGUCACCCAUAUGUACAACCACACCAGCUCCGAGAUCACCUCGCUGUACUACGACCUGCAGGGCCACCUGUUCGCCAUGGAGCUGAGCGGCGGCGAGGAGUUCUACGUGGCGUGCGACAACAUCGGCACGCCUCUGGCCGUCUUCAGCGGUACCGGGCACAUGAUCAAGCAGGUGCUCCACACCGCCUUCGGCGAGGUCUACCUGGACACCAACCCUGGCUUCCAGCUCGUUGUUGGCUACCGGGGAGGCCUUUACGAGCCCCUGAGCAGGCUGGUCCACAUGGGACGCAGGGACUACGACGUCCUCGCCGGGCGCUGGACCACGCCCGACCACGACGUCUGGAAACAUCUCAACAGUGGCCACAUCGUGCCCUUCAACUUGUACAUGUUCAAAAACAACAACCCGCUCAGCAAUAACGAGGAGAUCAAGUGCUACAUGACGGAUGUGAACAGCUGGCUGGUGACCUUUGGAUUCCAGCUCUACAACGUCAUCCCCGGCUACCGCAAGCCCAACACGGAGAGCAUGGAGCCGUCCUACGAGCUGCUGCACACUCAGAUCAAGACGCAGGAGUGGGACAGCACCAAGUCGCUGCUGGGCGUGCAGUGUGAGGUCCAGAGGCAGCUCAAGGCCUUCGUCAAGCUAGAGCGCUUCGGCCAGAUCUACUCCGCCAAGAGCGCCGGAUGCCCGCAGGCGCCCUACAGGACGCUCUUCGCCUCAGUGGGCUCCAUCUUCGGCAAGGGCGUGAAGUUGGCGGUCCGAGACGGCCGCGUCAGCACGGACAUCGUCAGCCUGGCCAACGAGGACGGGCGCCGCAUGGCCGCCAUCCUCCACGACGCCCUCUACCUGCAGUCCCUGCGCUUCACCAUCGGCGGCGUGGACACGCACUACUUCGUCAAGCUGGGCUCGGUGGAGGCAGACCUGGGCCUGGUCGGCAUGGCGGUGGGCCGCCGCACACUGGACAACGGCGUCAACGUGACCGUGUCUCAGGUCAACGCCGUCCUCAACGGCAGGACUCGCCGCAUCACCGACAUCCAGCUGCAGCACGGCGCGCUCUGCUUCAACACGCGCUACGGCGCCGGCGUGGACGAGGAGAAGGCCCGCGUCCUGGAGCUGGCCCGCCAGCGCGCCGUGGCCCAGGCCUGGGCCCGCGAGCGCCAGAGACUGCGGGACGGCGAGGAGGGCUCGCGCGCCUGGACGGAGGCGGAGAAGCAGCAGCUGCUGGGCUCGGGAAAGGUGCAGGGCUACGACGGCUUCUACGUGCUGGCGGCCGAGCAGUACCCCCAGCUGGCCGACAGCGUCAACAACAUCCACUUCCUGCGACAUGGUGAGAUGGGCCGCAGGUGACAUGGACGCCGCGCUACGGGACUCCUCGCCAAGGACGCUUUUUCCUCUCUUUCGUUGUGGGAAUGUUUGUCACGGACAGGGGGAGCGCCGUUCUCCGUGGAGUAAUGGCGCCACUCCUUGACUCUGCCUCCUCGCUCCGCGUCGGCCUUUUCCUCAGCCAAGGAGAUUCCCUCCGACGGGUUUACAAAGAAACAAGAUGGCUUCCGACAAGCUUUCAUUUCUUUUAUGAGUGUGUGACCGUGAGACUCGAUGACUUCCUGUGAAAUGACAAAAUGACUUCCUGCGGGUCGGUUGUCACGACGACGGAUGUGAAGUGGAAAAAAAGACGAAUGUGAAGCCUUUUAUCCUUGAUUGUUGUUCUUGAACAAAACUUCUGAGGCCGUCCACCGCAUGGAGGAAACUAGGAAGUGUGUUUCCACGUCUUUGAACGCUACACCUGUUGCUUGGCGCCCUGGACCUGGUGUGGACCUGGUGUGGACCUGUUUUGGACCUGGUGUGGACCUGUUUUGGACCAGGUUUUGGACAAGGCGUGGUGUGGACCUGUUUUGGACCAGGUGUGGACCAGGUGUGGACCAGGUGUAGACUUGGUGUGGACCUGUUUUGGACCAGGUGUGGACCUGUGUGGACCAGCUGUAAACUUGGUGUGGACAUGACCCUUUAUGGACACGUCAGGAAUCCAUCCAUGAUGUUUAUUCUUUUUGGACCAUUGAACACUGAUAAAAGUGACCCACUUUUGUCCGAGUAGUUGCCUUUAAGGAUGCAAUGAGGGAGCAGCAAUUAAGGAGGAGUAAUUAGGGAACAGUAAUUAGGGAACAGCAAUGAGGGAACAGUAUUUAGGGAGCAGCAUUUAGGGAAAAGUAAUGAGUGAACCGUUAAAUGAGGGAACGGUAACGAGGGAGCAGCAUUUAGGGAACACUAAUGAGGGAACAGUAUUGAGGGAGUAGCAAUUAUGGAAAAGUAAUGAGUGAACAGUAAUGAGGGAACGGUAAUUAGGGAACAGUAUUGAGGGCAACAGUAAUGAGAGAGCAGUGAUUAGGGAACAGUAAUUAGAGAGCCUUAAUUAGGCAACAGUAAUGAGGGAACAGCUAUUAGGGAACAGUAAUGAAAGAGUAGUAAUGAGGUUACAGCAAUUAGAGAACAGUAUUGAGGGAGCAGCAAUUAAGAAACAGUAAUUAGGGAACAUUAAUGAGAGAGCAAUAAUGAGGGAACAGUAAUGGGGAACAGCUAAGCAGGGGCAGUAAUUAGGGAGUAAUUAAAGAACAGUAAUUAGGGAACAGUAAUGAGAGAGUAGUAAUGAGGAGAACAAUAGUGGUGAACAGCAAUGAAGGGGGAACAAUUAGAGAACAGUAAUUAGGGAACAGUAAUGAGGGAACAGUAAUGGGGAACAGCUAAGCGGGAGCAGUAAUGAGAGUAGUAAUGUGGGAACAGUAAUGGUGAACAGCAUUGAGGGUGGAGUAAUUAGAGAACAGUAGUGAAGUGAAUUAUAUUUAUAUAGCGCUUUUCUCUAGUGACUCAAAGCGCUUUACAUAGUGAAACCCAAUAUCGAAGUUACAUUUAAACCAGUGUGGGUGGCACUGGGAGCAGGUGGGUAAAGUGCCUUGCCCAAGGACACAACGGCAGUGACUAGGAUGGCGGAAGCGGGAAUUGAACCUGCAACCCUCAAGUUGCUGUCACGGCCACUCUACCAACCGAGCUAUGCCGCCCCAGUAAUUAGGGAACAGUAAUGAGAGAGUAGUAAUCAGGGAACAGUAAUGGUGAACAGCAAUGAGGGGGGAGUAAUUAGAGAACAGUAAUUACAGAACAGCAAUGAGGGAGCAGUAAUUAGGGAACAGUGAUUAGCGAGUAGCAAUAAUGGAAUAUAAUUUGUAAACAGCAAAGAGGUAACAGUAAUGAGAGAGCAGGAAUGAGGGAAGAGUAAUUAGGGAACAGGAAUGAGGGAGCAGCUAUUAGGGAACAGUAAUUACAGAACAGCAAUGAGGGAACAGUGAUUAGCAAGCAGCAAUGAUGGAACUUAAUUAGUAAACAGCAAUUAGAGAACAGCAAUAAGGGAGAUGCAAUUAAGGAACAGUAAUUAGGGGGCAGCAAUGGUGGAACAGUAAUUAGUAAACAGCAAUGGGGGAACAGUAAUUAGGGAGCAGUAAUUAGGGAACAGCAAUUAGGGAACAGUAAUUAGAGAACAGUGAUGAGGGAACAGUAAUUAGGGAGCAGUAAUUAGGGAACAACAAUUAGGGAACAGUAAUAAUGGAACUUCAAUGAUGGCACUUCAAUGAUGGGACAGUAAUUAGGAAACAGUAGUGAGGGAGCAGUAAUGAGGGAACAGUAAUGAGGGAAAAGUAAUUAGAGAACAGGAAUGAGGGAGCAGCUAUUAGGGAACAGUAAUUACAGAAUAGCAAUAAGCGAACAGUGAUUAGCGAGCAGCAAUUAUGGAACGUAAUUGGUAAACAGCAAUGAGAUAACAGUAAUGAGGGAACAGUUAUUAGGGAAUAGUAAUGAGGGAACAGUAAUGAGAGAGUAGUAAUAAGUGGAAAAGCAAUUAGAGAACAGCAAUGAGGGAGAUGCAAUUAAGGAACAGUAAUUAGGGAGCAGCAAUGAUGGAACAGUAAUUAGGGAGCAGCAAUUAGGGAACAGUAAAUAGAGAACAGUAAUGAGGGAACUGUAAUAAUGGAACUGCACUGAUGGCACAGUAAUUAGCGAACAGUAUUGAGAGAGCAGUAUUGAUGGAACAUCAGUGAGGGAGCAGCAAUUAGGGAACAGUAAUGAUGGCACUUCAAUGAUGGAACAGUAAUUAGGAAACAGUAAUGAGGGAGCAGUAAUGAGGGAACAUUAAUUUGGGAGCAGUAAUUAGGGAACAGCAAUUAGGGAGCAGUAAUGAGGGAACAUUAAUUAAGUAGCAGUAAUUAGGGAACAGCAAUUAUGGAACAUUAAUGAGGGAACAGUAAGGAAGGAACAUUAAUUAGGGAGAAGCAAUGAGGGAACAUUAAUUAGGGAACAGUAUUUGGGUAAAAUUAAUGAGGGAACAGUAAUGAGGGAACAGCAUUGAGGGAACAGUAAUGAAGGAACAUUAAUUAGGCAGAAGCAAUGGGGGAACGUUAAUUAGGGAACAGUAAUUAGGUAACAUUAAUGAGGGAACAGUAAUGAGGGAACAGUAAUUAGGGAACAGCAAUUAGGGAACAGUAGUUAAGGAACAUUAAUUAGGGAGCAAUAAUGAGCGAACAGCAAUGAGGGAACAAUAAUUAGAGAACAUUAAUGAGGGAACAGUAAAGAGGGAACAUCAAUGGGGGAGCAAGAGGUGUUUACAUUCUCGAAGCCUUGUUGCUCCCACAUGACAAGCAUGUGAAGUGUGUGUCCUUUGAUGGCUGCUGCAUCGGAAGUGCGACUGACAGUGCAAAUGUUCUCCUUGUCAGUGAUUGGCUGCCCUGAGCGUCAGCAGACUGUUUUUGUUUGGUAGCAAACUCAACAAGUUUGAGUUGUGCUUGUCCUCAACACUGUGCUUCUUCUCCGCGUGGGAAGACCACGUCCAGCGUGUGAAGACCACGUCCAGCGGGCUGUAAAUAGAAACAUGCCGCUCAGCACUACAUCCUGUGUAGUCCUCCGGUAGGCAGAGAAGAGUCAAUAAAGGGAAUAUUUUGUG